UAUUAGUACACUGAGUUCUGCUGAGAAUUCCUGGCAUCAGGAAGAUUUAAUCUCCAGGAACUUCUAGAAAGUAUGAGGAGGAAUUUUCCCAGCGAGUGGAAUUGCAGGACCAGGUGCUGCAACUCAAAGACCAGCUGGAACAGCAAAAAGAAACUUGUUCACUGGGAGCCAAAGAGAUGAGACAAAGGCUUGUAUGGUCAGAAGUUCUCCUACACCAACGAGAAGGAAAACUCCAUGAACUGAGCAAGGGAGGCCGAGAUUCAACAGCAAAAGUUCAGAAAAUUUGUGAGGUCAACGAAGUGGAGGUGAAACAAAUCCAAGAGGAAACUGCAACAUCCCACCAUCAAAAUUUUUUGGAGUUACAAAUGAGGUUACAUGUGGAUCGAAUCACACCGGAGAAAAUGCAAGAGGAGAACCAGUGCCUGAACCAGCAAGUUGAUACACUGACAGUUGAGGUUAUGGCAUUACGGAACAAGUUCCUCUCUGAAGAGGCCAACAACAGUGCAUUCCUUGAAAAGCUGCCUUCAGAACACAGGGAGAGACAAGAGCAUCUUGGGGCCCUGGAGGCCAAGCUAGAGGCAUUACAAGAUCUUCUUCUAGCCAAGACGAAAGCAUUGGAGGCUGUUGAGGAGAAAAAUCUUUCCCUGCAAAAUGAAAUCAGUUUGCUUAAAAGCACAUUUGGAGGAGAAAAAGGUACGGAAGUAACACAUUUCCAUCUGGUCCCGGAACUGUUAUACUUGGACCACUCCCCUGAUACUUCAGGUUCCAAGAAAAAUGAUUCACCCCAACCUGCAGCUAAUGAAUUCUCCCCACAGUCAUUUCAGCUUGCUUCUGCGGCUACUUUGACAAGUAGAAUCACAACAGCACCCAGACUCGCCAAAUCCGCUGGAGCAAAUAAGACUACACAAAAGAGAGUUUUAGCUCAGGGCAGUGCCAAUAUUGAGUCACCAAAGUGGUCCCUCAGCCUUGACCCAAAUACAUUAGGGCAAGGUCAGGACUAUUUCAUCUCUUUGUUUACUGACUCAGAGAAGAAUGCCCAACACCCUGGACCCUGGGAGAGACUGAGAACACCUUCAGCCACUAAAGACUACAACUCUUCUGCAUCCAGAAAUAGUGCUACUGGCAAUUUAAGAAUUGCUGAAGUUCAUUCAGGUGGUUAUUUUGUGAAGAUCCUUAACUGUUCCCCUGAUAAAGAGGAGAGUAUUGGGGAGUAUAUACUCCAGCAAAAUAUCAAUGGCCAUCCAGUAGCUGUAUUUAGAUUUCCACCAAGGAUCAGAAUGAAAGCCAAUUCUGCUGUAACUGUAUGGACAGCAGAUGCUAAAGUGCUUCCUAAGCCUCCAUCAGAUUUCCUUUGGAAGGAGCAAGAUAGAUGUAAUACAGGCCCGGAGUGCACUACCAUUCUUUGUGAACCUAAUGGUCAAGCUGUUGCUUGGUACACACCUAUUCACUGGAACAGAAAGCCAGGUUGGGAAGAGCAAAAAGAUGAUGCAAACCUUAACCGCAACAGAAAGCCAACUAUACCAGCAAAAGUGCAGAGAGACAGAUGGGUAAAGGAACCAGAGUCUUUGAUAAUUAAUACUGUACAGGAAGGGGCUGUCCAAGGUCAAACAGAGGAAAGAGGAUCAGUUUUCAUUAAAAGAGAAAAAAAGAUCCCAGCAACCCUGUUUCCUAUUCAAAAUUCUUGGUGCCGAAGUCCAGCCUCUCCCACACACCCUCACUUUUCUCUGCUCAGACCAUUAACCAUGGGCAACGAUGGCAGCAGUCUAUGCAGACAGUCCAGGUGUCAGUCAGCAAAACCUGACCCUCCACCAGGUACGCUGUAUGCAGGAACCAGGCGAGUCAGAAACUCAGCCACUUGCAGUUUUAAUGGAAAAAGUAGCAGACGGCUGACCCGGUCAGCAGGGGAGGAGGAAGUGCAAAUCUAAUGGAACAAUGGGAUGUCCCAGGGUGUGGCAUCCCGUCAUCAGCAGUUAAGAGGAAGAGAGAGGCAGCAACCUGUAAGGAACCUUGUUGAUUUUGAAAAGGAUUAGAUCAUUAGGAGGGACCUCAGACUAUCUUCUUCUCCAGGCAGGAGCAGAGCCAAUAGUCUGGUUCCGGUGUUUUCUCAUGAAAAAAGGUGAUAAUCCAAAG